UCGCCCCGGAUGCCAUAAUGUCGGUAUACGUUCAUACUGUACUAUUACGAUUCAUACUGUAUAUAAAUACGUUGUUUGCGCUACUGUCGCGGUCACGUUUAGCGAGCAGCAAUGUCGCAAAAUACAUCAAACAAAUCGGAAAUAUUGGAAGAAUUGAGUUGGAUUCGAAUUCUAGAUGAUGAUAUAAAAGUUGAAACAUUUUGGGAGAAAUUCAGACGUAAAUUGAUUGAAAAUCCUGCAGUACCUAUAGGUACUGUGGCAACUACAGCUGCUCUCACGUAUGGCCUGUUCAGUUUUUAUCAAGGAAACAAGAUAAUGUCUCAAUACAUGAUGCGUGCGCGAGUUGCAGCCCAAAGUUUUACCAUAUUAUCUAUGGCUCUCGGAUUUGUUAUUGUAGCAACCCGACAAGAGAAAUAAUAUAUUAAUGUAUAGUCAGUCAUUCGAUAACGAAUUUAUUUUAUUUUGUUGUUUGUGCGCGUUCCGUAUUCGUUACUUUAGCUGGAAAAAUAAUAACAAUAAUUGUUUCUGUUUACAACAGAAACAGUUAUUGAAAUAUACUUAAAAAAACAUCGUUAUGUAUGAAAUCGAUUGAAUAAAGUUUAUCCUCUUUAUCCAUGAAA